AUGGCGGGAGAUAUGCCCUUCAGAAGAUGGGACGGACUAGCGAGGAUGUCAACAGACUGGGAUGGUCUUCGAAGGGAUCCUGAACUGUGGUUCCCUGACGGAAACUGCCUUGUGUACUUAUACGGCUACGGUCAAUCAAGGAGAGGUGCAGCCUUUCAGCUUCCCCUGAACCCUCUCUUAGCAGCAGACUGUCACCCUCUGCUUGACAAAUGCAUGGCUGAAGAGCCCGCUGAGUCCCCAGUCUCAAGAAUUAGUCGUAGCCAACCCGGCUGGUCUGGGAAGAUAGAGUUUCAUGUCCCGGCCCCUCAAACCACGGACCGUGGCGAGGCAUUCCUCUACAACUUGGCCACCCGUAAUUUCUUUGCCUGGGUCUUUGGCAGGCCGCUGGUUGGAGCACACCUUGGUGGAGCCUUGGUUGGACUCCUCAACAGCAUGAAUGAAUUUAGAUCCGCAGGUCAGGACAACAUACAGGCGAUGAUGGAUUAUAUGCGCGAGGCAGGCUACGCGGAUAUGAGAAAUAAUCCUGAUCAUGCUCUCGGCAUCCUCUUCUUCGCCGAACAUUUCCGAUUCAAAGAUCUAUGGCUUGAUGCCUUUUGUCACUGCACUGGCAUGCAUGAAAGACUUCCUUCGAGUCCAGGAUUCGGGUUUAUAAGUGAAGCUUCUCGUUCCCUGAUUACCAGUUCCAGACUUGAGAUGGAUAUGCGAUUGGCGCAAGCUGGUCGCAAGCUUGGUUCAUUCCUCUCAGAAGAUUUAUCCGAUGCACAUCUCGGUCUCCCAUCCGGCGCCCGUGCUCAUCUUGACAAGUUUCGAUCUUUCCUGCACUCAUAUUAUGUAGCCAAGCUUGGCUAUUAUCCUCCAAAAUCCCCCAAGGGGAAAAGCACAGCUUUCCCAAAGAAUGUAUACAAACAAAUGCGUUCUGAUUUCAAGAAGUUAUAUGACUUCCUCGUCGACUCCCAGCACACUCUCUCGGAUUCAAGUCCAGUUUCUCAACAAGGAGGCAUCUGUGUCUUACAGAACGUGCAGGCUUUUGACGCGCGCCACAAGUUUUCGCCUCUGCCACACCCAUUUCCUCUUCUCCCAGAGAUCGAAGAUAGGCCUUUUCCAAAACUUGAUUUCAGCAGGCGUCUCAGCUUCUGCCGCAAGGACGAUAAAACAAAGCCGCCACCACGUCUCGUCAACUUCUCUUUGUUGUCAAAGGCCACUAAUUACAGCGAUCGGUCCCUCUUCGAUUGCAGUCUCGUCCGUUGCUAUCAAGGGUUCGAGAAAGAGUGCGCCUUUGCAACAUCCAGAGCUGACAAGAGCGAAAAGCUCUCCCCCAGAGACGCGAGGAAGGUCCGCUGGAUUUUGAUCUAUUCAAUCUAUCAAACUCUUCUUUCUGUCACAGAGAUUCCCAAACAGGUCUCCGCAACGCAACACGUCCCAUAUCACCUUUGCGUAUCGCUCGCAAAUUGCCCGCCCUGGAACGAGGAGCAACUUCCUCCAAGUCCUGUCCGAACACUGACAGACGAAACUAAGGAGGUCUUCACAGUUUCUCAGACUGAAUCAUUUACUCCGGAAAGCGCUUCAGCUUCACCAGAAAUCAAGCCAGACGUGGAUUAUUUCGCAAUGAGACAUCGCUCAUUGCCCACCCCAGAAAGAAACGCGUCUACAACUAGCUUUUCGAGAAAAGGCACAAUCAGGAGAGCUUUGAGCACGCUUGGAAGCUUUUCCGAUCUUCGUCUCGCACGUUCGAAACGAGCAUCAUAUGGCGACAUGAGGGGCCAUAGCUAUGGAAACAGCAUAGACAGCACCAGAACGGCAUCAUCUAUCACCUUCUCGGCGGUCGAGUAUGGCAAAUAUAAUGACCGUGCGGGAGAAGGAUCGCCAGUGUCACCAGACUCCGGAUGUUCAUCGGUGGAGGAUGUCUCCCACUGGUCAGAUUCUUCCACUAGUGAGACAGAUAGUCCAAUCAGCCCGAUAACCAGCGUGUUCAACAGCCGAAGAGGUUCGGAUGCUAGCAUGGGUGAUGCGCCAAACACGAUUGAGGAGUUCCUGGAUAAGCAACUGAGUAUGGCUGAGGAGGAAUGA